AUGGGACUGAAAAUGCAAAAACAAAAGAUCCUUGCUGCUACGGCACUGUUUGUCGGCAGUACCUUCGCUGCCAACGCUACAACUCCAUCGGCUACUGGUUGUGUGGACUCGGCGACGAUGAGAACCUGUCUGGACAAGGCUCAGACGACGCUGACGGAAUGCAUCGCAGUAUCUGGUGGAAACGAUGAUGUGAUUAUUUCCUGUGGUUGGCAGGAUAAUAUAAACCAGAUGCUCUGCUACCAAUCUUCUUGUUGGAACAAGGCUUACUCCUGCGAAUACCAAUACCUAGUGUCAUACUACAAGCUACAACGCACCGUGGAUGAGAAGAUUCCCUUCUACCCAGCUCCCGACAACGCUUCUGGCGGAUGCUCGUGCAAUCUUGGACAGGUUGAGACCAACGCCACAGCCAGUCUCGAAAAGGUCCAGUCUUCUUGCAAUAAAUACUCUAGCAGCCUUGACGCAACUGACCUGUUGACUUGUCAAUGUUGUGCCUGGAGUGCCUCUGUUUCGGCGUUUUAUGGCAUCUGUCCUAACACAUCGCCUGAAGGCCUCGGUAUAAUCAACUUCGCCGCCAAAGUGGCCAGUUACGAACAAUUUUCCGGAUCCUGUGCUGGGCUGACCUCAGAAAAAUGCUUGAAAUACGACAUUGGAUCUGCCGAUAACGGAAAAUAUAUCGACCCAGCUAAUUUACCAGCUGGAGGAACGCAGUCUUUGUCGACGACUGUUGGGCCGUCGCCGUUGAUAAGUCCACCGGCCGGAGCAACGAUUACAUGGAGUGCGUUGAGCCAGACAUUCACUGUCACAGCGGCAGCCUACAACGCGCAGGAUGUCACGUCAGGCGCUUCUACGGCGGCUGCUACUGCUUCUGAUACUACUAUCAGUACAACUAGUGGAAGGAGUUCUGGCAGCACGGCCACUGCGACAACAGGAUCAGCCGCAGCGGCGACCACUACAGGGGCUGCAAGUGUGUCUAAAGCGUACCAGGGUACGUGGGCUCUGGUGGUACUGGGACUGGUUGUAUGUCUAGUUUAG